AAAACCUUAAAGAAUCGUCUGCGUGGUUCUACUCUAUACUCUGUCCUCUUCUUCUCCUUUGUCACACAAAUUUUUAACAUUGAAAACGUGUGAACGCCUGGACGGUGUACUCAUCAAUUUUCAGUCGUCAUCCAUCUUUCCUUCCUUUUCUCCCUGUAUAAAUACAAAAAUCCCACUCACUAUUAGCCCACCCAGGCUGAAUUCGCGACUCAAAAAAAAAAAACUCCAAAUUUUUACACUCCCAUUUCUCAACACUGGAAUUAUCUUUUUCUCAACGUAACCCAGAUAAGUUUCUUUAAUUGUUGAUCAAUUUUUUGGAGUUCGCUAGUUAAAAAAAGAAAAACAGAGAGAUGGCAUUAAGUAAACAAAUUCUGGGUUCGUCUCUGUUGGAGAAAAGAUCACCGUUUCUUCUAUCGGAUUAUCAGAACGGGCCGGGUCAAUUAUGGAGCUUAGGUACGAGGAAAGAAGCGGGGAGGUUUAGUAAGAGCAUGUCCGUAAUUAGGAGUCGUCCGGUGGUGGCGGCGAUAAGUGAGAGGAGGAAUUUGAUCAGAGAAGGAAUGACGGUGGAAGCGGUGGCGCCGGGAGAAAAUGCGGCGGAGUUGACGGUGAGGGCGGUGGUGACCGUGAAGAACAAGCAUAAGGAGGAUUUGAAAGAAUCGAUGUUGAAACAGUUGGACGCUUUGACUGAUCGAAUGGGAAGAAAUGUCGUGUUGGAGCUUGUUAGUACCGAGGUUGACCCAAAAACAAAAAUUCCAAAGAGAAGCAGGCCAGCAAUACUAAGAGACUGGUCGAAGAAAUCAAAUCUGAAAACAGAGAGAGUAAAUUACACAGCUGAAUUUAGUGUGGACAGAGAUUUUGGAGUGCCCGGAGCAAUCACUGUAAUUAACAAGCACCAGCAAGAGUUCUUCUUGGAGAGCAUAACUCUGGACGGUCUUCCUUGUGGCCCGGUACAUUUUUCCUGUAAUUCUUGGGUUCAAUCCAAAAGAGAUCAUCCUGGCAAAAGGGUCUUCUUUUCUAAUCAGCCAUACUUACCAAGUGAGACUCCUGCUGGGCUAAAGGCAUUAAGGGGCAAAGAGCUUCGAGAUUUAAGGGGAGAUGGCAAAGGUUGCAGGAAGUUGUCCGAUAGAAUAUAUGACUAUGCUACAUACAAUGAUUUGGGAAAUCCUGAUAGAGGAAGUGAAUUCGCCCGGCCAACCCUUGGCGGCGAGAAAAUACCGUAUCCAAGGAGAUGUCGCACUGGCCGUGCCCCAACUGAGACUGGGUAUUUGGUCAGAAUGUUUUCUGAAUGUCUUGAUAUGUGCCCUGCCAGAUUUGCAAUCUGAAAGCAGAGUAGAGAAGCCAUUGCCAAUGUAUGUGCCUAGAGAUGAGCAAUUUGAGGAAUCAAAAAAAGAUGCAUUCUCAACCGGGAGGCUAAAAGCAGUGCUUCACAACUUAUUGCCAUCAAUCAUGGCCAGCAUUUCUGCUAAAAACCAUGAUUUCAAUGGCUUUUCAGACAUUGAUAGCCUCUACAUUGAAGGCCUACUCUUGACCCUGGCAAUGAAAGACGAAAUGUUGAAUAAGAUGUCAUUGCCCCAGGCUGUACACAAAUUCCGCGAGGGUGACAUACUGAAAUACAAGGUUCCCAAGAUUCUUUCAAAAGACAAAUUUGCAUGGUUGCGAGACGACGAAUUCGCCAGGCAAGCAUUAGCAGGGGUAAACCCUGUGAGCAUUGAGAGGCUCCAAUCAUUUCCACCUGUGAGCAAGCUUGAUCCUGAAAUUUAUGGCCCUCUGGACUCUGCAUUGAAAGAAGAACACAUUGUUGGCCAUCUCAAUGGAAUGACAGUCCAACAGGCUUUGGAAGCUAACAAGUUGUACAUUUUGGACCAUCAUGAUGCCUACUUGCCGUUUCUGGACAAGAUUAAUGCCCUUGAUGGUCGUAAAGCAUAUGCAACUCGGACCAUAUUCGUCUUGAGUGAAUUGGGCACUCUCAAACCCAUAGCUAUAGAGCUUAGCCUCCCACCCGGCAGCCCAGGUUCCCGAUCCAAACGGGUCAUUACGCCACCUGUAGACGCCACUACUACUUGGAUGUGGCAGUUGGCUAAGGCCCAUGUUUGUGCCAAUGAUGCUGGUGUACAUCAAUUAGUUAACCAUUGGUUGAGAACACAUGCUUCUGUGGAACCGUUUAUACUAGCGGCCCACAGGCAAAUGAGUGCAAUGCAUCCCAUUUUCAAGCUGUUAGACCCACACAUGAGAUACACAAUGGAGAUUAAUGCAUUGGCCCGGCAAGGUUUGAUCAAUGCUGAUGGUGUAAUUGAAUCUUGCUUUACUCCUGGCCGUUACUGCAUGGAAAUCAGUGCUGCUGCUUAUAAAAAUUUCUGGCGUUUUGAUAAGGAGGGCCUCCCUGCUGAUCUCAUUCGCAGGGGGAUGGCCGUACCAGAUGCAACAGCACCAUAUGGGUUAAAGCUAGUACUUGAAGACUAUCCCUACGCAGCAGAUGGGCUCAUGAUAUGGACUGCCAUCGAGAAUUGGGUCCGUAAAUAUGUCAACCGUUACUAUCCAGACCCAAGCCUAGUGUCUAGUGAUCAGGAACUCCAAGCCUGGUAUGCCGAGUCCAUUAAUGUAGGCCAUGGUGAUUUACGUGAUGCAGACUGGUGGCCAAAGUUAGCCACCCCAGAAGAUCUCACGUCCAUCCUCACCACUCUCAUUUGGCUAUCUUCGGCACAACACGCAGCCUUGAAUUUCGGGCAGUACCCGUAUGGUGGUUACGUGCCAAACCGGCCACCACUCAUGCGACGGUUGAUUCCCGAUGAAAACGACCCAGAGUAUGCAGUGUUCUUAUCCGACCCGCACAAGUAUUUCUUGUCAGCAUUGCCUAGUCUGUUACAAGCCACAAAGUACAUGGCUGUAGUGGACACAUUGUCGACACAUUCGCCUGAUGAGGAGUACCUUGGCGAGAGAAAUCAUGCGUCAACCUGGACAGGCGAUGCCGAGGUGAUCGAAGGGUUCUAUGAAUUUUCAGCUGAGAUUGGAAGGAUUGAAAAGGAGAUUGAGAGAAGGAACUGCAAUGCACAACUGAGGAAUAGAUGUGGUGCCGGGGUGCUACCUUAUGAACUUUUAGUACCUACAUCUGGGCCUGGAGUGACAUGUAAAGGUGUACCCAAUAGUGUGUCUAUAUGAGAGCCCAACCUGUUUCUUAUUACUUAGGCCUCAAUUUUUUAAAUAAACUGAGCCCACUGAAAAGUAUUGGUGGUUCCUCGUUCUAUAAUUUUAGAAUUAACUUUUUGUAGCAUGUCCUAGGAAAAAUGAGCGCUAUGUAUAUAAAAAAAUGCUCAAAAUUCUAAUAUAGACACUAUUCUCUCUUCCUUCUAAUGGUUUAAUUAAUAGUCAUCUAAAACUUAAAAAAAAUCAAUUUGUCCUAAUUUGUCACUUGGGA